AUGGAUUAUCGCUAUACGAAUACCCGCCUUACGCGAUCCUCAUCUCAACUUUUGGGAGCCAUACGUACCCCACCGAGAGCGCAUCCUCUACGCAACGUCACCACCAUGGACAUGGAGAAUGGUAUGAGAAACCUUUUCCAUGUGUCCCCACGAUAUGGCGCUGUACAAUGGCAUGACUUCCAGGCUGCCGCUCAACCCGUUGUUCAAGUUUCACCGAUUGAUCACCCAGGAUUUGUAGCGGAACAAGUUUCGUGUGCUACUCCCAAAUCAUCGCGUCUUUUUCCGCACAUUGCGCAGGAUAUCCCGCGUUUGAUGGGCCCUGAAGAUGUUAGUCCUACGAAGCACGAGGAAAAACUCCUUUUCCGCGAAAAACAAUCCAUCCUUUUGGACAAUCUCAGCAAAUAUCACUAUCUUUAUGACAUGGAAGACAUGGCCACCACUCCUCGAAACGAAGUGGGAGCCCCGCCGACUGUCAGAGUCCCUCCUAAAUUCGAACGUUCUCGCCAAGGUAGACGUGAGACAGCUUCUGAUCACAUCCACCCUUCGUCAUCGACAGCAUUCAGCACCGCAAGCGAGUCGUCACAGCUUACCAGCCAGUUCUUUAGUCCACAUUACAUUGGGCAGACAUCAGCAACUCCGCAUGCUCAUACUCCUUUCCACGGCAGGGGUAUCCAAGAUUUUUCUUAUGGCUCCGCAGGCUCGUCUUCGAAUUCUAGAACGUCGACUUCGACUUAUAUGGCAGCAGUAGCGGAACGUGCACUUGUUAGAGGUAGCCAAGUCACAGGAUCCAAUUUUGCUGCAAACAUUACGACGGACCCCACGAUCAAUCAUGCUUUAGCGAUGACUAUUUCCGACUCGAAUCAGGAUCCGUUUGUUUCUCAGUUUGAGCCUCGUCCACAUCGCCAAACCCAAGAAUUUACGGAGGAACCUUUACCAAUGUAUGAGUUUCCUAGACAGGAUUCAAUGUUCCAUACGGCCUACCCAUACUAUUCAACCUUCCCCUACUAUGAUCAAGGAUACGGCAUGGGCAACUAUGAGAACUCUCAUUAUUUUCAAAUGGUGCAGGCAAUGAUGCCGUCUAGUUUAUGGGAUGUUCCCAUAACAGUGAAUCCACCUCAAUCUCACGCAGCGAACUAUCCGCUCCGCGAUGCUUUGACCCCGGUUCCCUGGCCCGUUACGCCCGGACCUCACGAUAUCCAACACGAACAACCUGGAAAGGAAAAAGAAGAUGAGCCCGAAUGCCAGCAAUCUCGCAAGAUCACCAGUAUCAUUCCCUCAGAACUCGCUUCCGGUAUCCUGCAUCCAGAGUCUAGCCCCAAGGUGGCCGAAACUCUCACCUGGUUUGCUUCUGACAACCGUGGUGAAGAGCAUCUCCGUCAACAAAUUCUAACAAUCGCCCAAGAAGACCGUGAGCGCCGAGAGAAAGAACAAAUCGACAAGGGAGAACGCCCUACAAUGAAUAUACAGGCCGAAGCAAGCAAUAUCAUCCUCGGACACGUCCUUGCCAAUCUCCAAUCAUACCUGGCUGGAGACAGGGCUGAACAAGCUGAAAAUUUUGCAGACUGGGGUUCCGUACCCGAGAGUGCUAUCGAACCCAGAAAUGGAGGCCCAGCAUCCUUUUUCAACCGUAAUAUCUGGGGCGGUGCGGCGAGAUCUAGAAGCGAAAAUACUACGAAGGACUAA